AUGGAAUUUCUUACCUGGGUUUUUCCUGCCUUGGUUCUACUGUGCACCCAACAGCACAGGUGUAUCAGAGCUAUGAAUGACAUCGGAGAUUACAUAGGUUCCAACAUCGAAAUAUCCUGGUUACCCAACCUGGAUGAUUUAAUGAAAGGGUACGCACGUAAUUUCAGGCCUGGGAUUGGAGGUCCUCCUGUUAAUGUUGCUCUUGCAAUUGAAGUAGCCAGCAUUGACCACAUCUCAGAAGUGAACAUGGAAUAUACCAUGACGGUAUUUUUGCACCAGAGCUGGCGAGAUGACCGUCUGUCGUACAAUCACACCAAUGAAACUUUGGGCUUAGACAGCCGGUUUGUGGACAAGCUCUGGUUGCCAGAUACAUUCAUAGUAAAUGCCAAGUCUGCUUGGUUCCAUGAUGUGACUGUGGAAAACAAACUUAUCAGGCUCCAGCCAGAUGGAGUAAUUUUAUACAGCAUCAGGAUUACCUCAACAGUGGCCUGUGACAUGGACCUUUCCAAGUAUCCAAUGGAUGAGCAAGAAUGCAUGUUGGAUUUGGAGAGCUAUGGCUACUCUUCAGAGGACAUCGUCUAUCACUGGUCAGAAAACCAGGAGGAGAUCCAUGGGCUGGAUAAGCUGCAGCUUGCUCAGUUCACAAUUACCAAUUACCAGUUCACAACAGAAAUGAUGAACUUCAAAUCUGCAGGUCAGUUUCCCAGGCUCAGUCUCCACUUUCACCUUCGGCGAAAUCGAGGCGUUUACAUCAUUCAGUCUUAUGUUCCUUCUAUCUUACUAGUGGCCAUGUCGUGGGUAUCCUUCUGGAUCAGUCAGUCAGCUGUGCCUGCCAGAGUGUCAUUAGGUAUAACUACUGUUCUUACUAUGACUACACUGAUGGUCAGUGCCCGAUCUUCGCUUCCACGAGCAUCCGCCAUCAAGGCACUUGACGUUUACUUCUGGAUUUGCUAUGUGUUUGUCUUCGCUGCACUGGUAGAAUAUGCAUUUGCACAUUUCAAUGCUGACUACAUGAAAAAGCAAAAGAACAAGAUAAAGGCGAGAAGGCAGAGUGGAGAGAUAAACGUGAAGAAUGCCAUUGUUCUGUUUUCCCUUUCCAUAGCUGGUGUGAACCAGGAACUGGCCAUUUCCAAUAGGCAGCACCGAAUUCCCAGAAGCCUGCCUGGAUCGUAUGGCACAAUAGAAAUAGAAACUGGCGAGACAAAACAGCAGCAAGUCAUGAAACUGGAUAAAAAGAGUGGUCUGAAAUCCCUCUUUAAGCCCAUUGAUGCUGAUACCAUUGAUAUAUACGCCAGAGCCGUGUUCCCAGCAGCCUUUGCAGCAGUCAAUGUUAUAUACUGGGUUGCAUACACAAUGUAA